ACGCGAUAGGACUGUGACACUGUUUUUUUUCUGUUGACUUCCAGUUCUCUUUUGACAAAGUGGUGAUUUAAGACGAGACAAACCAAGCAUUUGAGCGGUUAAUGAUAUCUAGGUUAAUGGAGAAAACUGAACACCACUGGGACGUGUGUCAAUAACAAACGGGUUGAACUCUUACCUACUCAAGAAGACACCCACUUCCAUUAAGUUGCUUGAGAAUGGCUAACAGCAGGGAUGACACUGAGAGCACCCCUCUUUUGGACUCAGGCUCUGGGAGCAGACCUUCACCUCCAUCAGUCUUCGAAGGAAGAAGACUAGCAUGUGCAGCCAUCCUGCUGGCUGAAUCGUUAGAAAGGAUUGCGUUCUAUGGCAUCACAUCCAAUCUGGUUCUUUUUCUCAACAGUAGUCCUUUUUAUUGGGAGGGUACUCAGGCGAGUCAGGCCCCUCUGAUGUUCAUGGGAGUUACUUACCUAAUUUCGCCGUUCGGUGGAUGGUUGGCAGAUGCUUACCUUGGAAAGUUCUGGACCAUUGCCUCAAGUUUGAUCCUAUAUUUUAUUGGCAUGUUAUUUUUCCCUUUCAUUUCAAAUGCCCACGCCAGUAUAAACCUCUGUGGAGAAGAGGCGGCGUUUCCUGUGCAACCUGCUGAGUGCCUGAGCACAAACAGUACCCCUCCCAAAAAUGUAACCUGCCCCAUUCGCAGCCCAUAUUGUGCUCCAGUAAUCUACAGUGGACUUUUUUUAAUUGCGUUAGGUGUGGGUACUGUUAAAUCCAACAUCACUCCAUUCGGGGCGGAUCAGGUCAAAGACAGAGGGCCAGAGGCCACGCGCAGAUUCUUCAACUGGUUCUACUGGUGCAUCAAUUUAGGAGCCAUCCUGUCUCUGGGAGGUGUGGCGUACAUCCAGCAAAACAACAGCUUUGAGAUCGGCUACAUCAUUCCCACAGUGUGCCUUGGGGUCUCCUUCCUGGUUUUUCUCCUGGGACGGACUGUUUUCAUCACGAAGCCUGCUGAUGGCAGCGCCUUCACAGACAUGUUCAAGAUCUUCACUUUCGCCUGCUGCUCACAGAAACCAAAGGAACCUAACCUGCUCCGCAACAAACCAACACUACUAGACAGCGCCAAAGUGACCUAUGGAGGAAAAUUUCAAGAGGAGAAAGUGGAGGAAGUGAAAUCACUGGUGAAAAUCCUUCCAGUUUUCUUUGCCCUUAUUCCAUACUGGACUGUGUACUUCCAGAUGCAGACAACGUACAUCCUGCAGAGCCUCCAUCUGAGGAUCCCUGAUACCGCCUCCAACCUCACUGACGACCCCAAUAAGAUGACAUUCCGCUUUCCAGCUGCCUGGCUCACCAUGUUUGACGCAGUGCUCAUCCUCAUGCUGAUUCCCCUUAAGGACAAAGUAGUGGACCCCAUCCUGAAACGCCGCGGCCUGCUGCCUUCCUCUCUGAAGAGGAUUGCAGUGGGGAUGUUCUUUGUCAUGUGGUCAGCCGUGGCAGCGGGUAUUUUGGAGACCAAACGCCUGGAGAUUGUCAAAUCAAAUGGUACUAUUGACCAGGUGCUUGGCCACGUUAUCUACUACGCGGCAGAUUUACCCAUAUGGUGGCAAAUACCUCAGUAUGUGCUGAUAGGAAUCAGCGAAAUCUUUGCCAGCAUUGCAGGUCUGGAGUUUGCCUAUUCUGCAGCCCCCAAGUCCAUGCAGAGUGCCAUCAUGGGACUCUUCUUUUUCUUCUCUGGGAUCGGCUCCUUCGUGGGCUCCGGGUUGUUGGCUAUCGUCUCCCUCAAGGAGAUUGGCUGGAUGUCAUCCCACAGAGACUUUGGUAAUAUCAAUGACUGCUCUCUGCACUACUACUUCUUCCUCCUGGCGGGGAUCCAGGGCCUCACCUUGCUCGUCUUCCUUAUUGUGUCCGUCAAGUAUGACAAGCAGAGGGGCAGGGCAGGAAGUCAGCAGCAGAGACACACCUCCUCUUGACCCCAGCAGAUGUCCAAGAACCCCCUCACCACCACCACCACCACCAUCAUACCUGCCUUUUCCUGUCACAUCGCUCAGUGCCCAAAGAUCCUGUCAAAUAGGUACUUGCUAAUCCUCCUCCAGCAGUUCGGGUUGCCUAUUUCAUGACGAUACACAUAUUUAUGCUUGUUUUAGGUUUUUAAGUGGGGAUUCUUUACCCUGUCUGAUAACAAUAACGGUUUUACAUCACACACAGGCUCCACUGACAGUAUAGAGAUUAAUGCAGGAGCCGUGUUUGAAUUAUUUCCACUGUACUCCUUCACUCCUGUGUGUUUACUCCUGUUGCCUUUCUUUGAUCAUUUGCACUUAACUUGAGGAGUGGUGCCAUAAAAUGUGACAUCUUGAUGUUUUCUAAUCAUGAAGAAUGCUCUGUUGUUUUUAUAGCUAGAUUUUUACUUUCUAACAAAGACUUAUUUUUGGACUUGCUGUUUUGCUAAUCAUUUUACUGAUCCCAGUAGGAUACAUCUGUAUUUACAACUACAAAAAAAAAUCUUAGUUUAUCCAUAACUUUAAAUUAGGGUAUUUGUGUAUUAAAAGUACUUGAAUGUCAGCAUUAUUACAUUUAGCCCUGUUGGGUUUCGGGAGAGCUUCAAUGCAGUAACAUAGUGGUGAUGACACUGAAUGGGGAGUUAGUUUAAUGCACAGGGUAGUUUAAUGUUGCAGAUUCUCACAAAUUAUUGCUGUUAAAGUCAACAAAGGAGGGCUUUUGUUUGAGGAGAUUCCAAAUAAACACACAUUUUUCUGUUUAAUUAUGUACUUAAUUCUAGUAUUCAAAUUUCCCUCCCUCAAUGUUAGAUUAAAAUCUAAUAUUAAGAGAAGAAAAGCUGCCACAUUUGAUUCCGCUGCGUGUGAUUACAAAUUGUAAAGCCACAUAAAUCCGCCCUGUAAAUCCUCAGUCAGCAUCAUACAUGAAUAAUGACAACUUGUCACGUUAAAAAUAACUCCAUGACUCCUGCGAAGCUUCGUAGCAGUUUUUUACAUUUCUGGUGAAGCUGUAAACUCAUAUGUAUGCAUGACAAACUAAUAAGAAACUAACCAUAAGCUUAACAGGCAACCUUGUGUGUGCCUCUUAAAAAAUAAACAAAAACAAACUAUGGCAUUAACGUUUGGAUCAUGAAAAAGCUGUCAGUAAAAAAAGCUGGAGUAUUUUUAUAAAAAUAAAAAUGUGACACAUUUACGUUGACAUCUUCUCCGUGUUUAGAAUUUCAUCGCAGAAAAAACACAGUAUUUGCUCUGAGAAACUUUUUGCAGUGUUAUCAUGGCUUUGCAGCUUUGCCAGAAAAUCUUUAAAAACAAGCUUCUGUUUUGUUGUAUUUAUAAGACUGUGAUGCAUUUGUUUUAGCUUUAAGAAUAAGUGUGUGUGUGAGUGUGUGCGUGCGUGUAUGUGUGUGUUUCUUCAAUCCUCAGAUUAAGUAGAAAACAAGCUACUGAAUUUUAUUAAAACAAGAAAACUCUCAGGGCUCUAGGAAUAGUAUUAGAUGACAAAACUCCAGGAAAUUGAAAUCUGCCUUUGGGAGCUCAGAAUAGUGUUUAUUGUUUGGUGUAAAUAAAGUUACAUUUGUAACAGCACAUAAAAAUACAGAUUCUAUCUCACUGAUGGCAUAAAAUGCCUGUUAGAGUGAUUUUAGUUUGUGUUUAUUUGAUUGGAGAAUGAUAAAUGCGUGCUCCUUGUUUUAUUGCAUAUUUUAUGUAUACUUGCUUUGUCAUCUCAGCCAUUUUCGAAAAGAUUUAUUACAUUUAUAUUGGAAUUAUAUUCUGUGUUCAAAAUGGUACAUGACUGGAAUAUUGUUUUGUGGAUAUAUUUGUGACUAUUAAAGUAUAUUACAUUGAG